UUAGGCGAGUUUUGCAACCUCAAACUGACUUGCGCAUGUCAUUUAAGCAAGGAGUCAGUGAGGAUAUAUGCGCUAGUUGUGUUUAGCGCAGCUGCAUGGCAGAGUUUAGUGUUUCGUAACCUCAAAUUCUAGAUGCACGUUUCUGUUUAUUUACUAUAGCAGUCGUCUUCAUCUAUGAUAGUAGUUUCCCAGUGCCAAAAGAAAUUAAGGGAGAAAACCACAUUUUUUGUGAAGUUGAAGUAAACGAAUAUAUAAUUUCAACAUGAACUAUCUCACUAAUAUGAAAAACAUUACCAAAUUGAGCCAGCAAGAUCUCCACAAUCCCAGCAAAUCUUCAUGGCAUGAUCAAUACAAAGAUAGUGCUUGGGUCUAUAUUGGUGGCUUACCUUUCGACUUAACUGAAGGCGAUAUAAUAUGCAUAUUUUCACAGUACGGCGAAGUUGUGAAUAUCAAUCUAAUUAGAGCUAAAGAUACCGGCAAAUCCAAAGGGUUUUGUUUUUUAUGUUAUGAAGAUCAACGAUCUACUAUACUGGCAGUAGACAACCUUAACGGGGUUAAAGUGAUGAAUAGAAGCAUUCGAGUCGAUCAUGUGCAAAAUUAUAAGGUGCCAAAAGAUGACAAAAAAGCAAACGAGGAAACGAAAAGGUUAUACGCUGAAGGAUGUGCACCUAAAGUAUUACCUCCACCUCCCGUUGCCGCUGCAGCUGUUAAGACUGAACCUUCAGGACUGCAGGGCCUGGUGAGAGAAACGUUAGCUGAUCAGAUAGAGGGAGAAAUAAAGUUGCCUGCUAGAUUACCAAUUUACUCACACUUAAAAGCGGAAAAGAUGUCGGAUACGGAAAGUGAGAAGACAGCGAGAAAAGAUAAGAAAAAGGAGAAGAGUAAAAAGAAAAAGCGUGCAAAGAAGAGUAGAAAUGAAUCAGAUGACAGUGAGUCGGAAGAUGAACGGAAAGUAAAAAAAGCGCGAUCUCAUGAGGAUCGGAGCAACGAUGGCCAUGCGGACAAAAAUAGCGCGAAAUAUUCAACAAAAUCGUUCUAUUCGGACAAAAUCCAAAAACAAUCGAGUACCAGUUCUCAUACGCAUCGAGAUAAAAAUUCAUCAAAACGAAAGGAACGUUCGAAAAGUCCCGAUAAAGAUGAUAAACCUAAAGGUUACAAAAGAGGUUUCAGUCCGAGUAUUCCAAAAAGGUGGAGAUGAGUACAGCUACUAAUUAUAAUUUAGGAUAAAUGUCAAAAUAACAUUAAAAAAAUGUACACAGUAAGCAAUAUUUUUUGGCUGCAAUAACAUUCUUAUAUUGGGCGAAUGAAGAGUCGCUUCGAGUCCACUAUAAGUUUAAUUAACAUACACGACGCGUUUCGGUUAUUUAUAAUAUAUUCACCCAAUAUAUUAUCAAGCCACUACCUCGGAUUCAAACAAUAAUAUGUUUUAAUUUAAUAUUUUUAAUAAUUUUUAAAAUUCAUAUCAUCAUAUUUGAGGUAAUAAUAGAACAGCAUGUAGAUUCUGGAAACCAUUAGAGAUGCGAAGUUAGUGAAAGAUGCAUAUUUCGAUAUUCGAUGACCUGGUUUUUGUAUAAGCGGUUUAUAAUGAUGUAACUGAAACAUAAAAUAAAACAAGAUUUUGUUCCGUUUUAAUGGGACAUCAUAACAAGCUUCGCAACUGCAAUGGUUUUAGAAUCGCUUUGCAGUUCAUUUUUAUAUUUACAUUUCUCAACAUCAACAAUUAGACUAGCCACUGUGUAAGGCGAAUUCUAUUUAGUUCCACAUAUAUUAUAUUUAUAUAUAAUAACAUACUACCUACACUCAAAGAAGGAUAAAGGAUUAACAAAAUAUUUGCCUAUUUAUUUGCUUUAAAUGGAAACAUUUUAAAUUAAUUGGUAAAACAUGGCAACAAUUGUUGGUUGUAGCAGUAGUAACAUUACAACUUAAAUUACACCGAAUCGAAUUGUAAUUGUACUAAUUCACGCGUUCCAUUAUAUGCCAGUCAUAGUUAUUAAGAUAAGAAGAUAAUAGGUCUAAGUUAUUUAAUUUGUACGAUAGCCAUACAUAUAAAAAAUUGAAAAUUA